AUGGGCGCCGCUAGCGCCCCCUUCCCCGGGACACCCCAUCGGGUCGUAAUAGAUGGGCUUAGUGAUACGGAAGGCAGUCCUUUGCCGACACCUCCGCGUGUGAGUCACGUCUAUGCGGCUCCUGCAUCAGAUACGCUACCGACAACACCACUGGCAUUGCCUCGCUGGCGUCGCACAGAUACACCUAGUGAGAUGACGUUCAAACCAGCGCUCAUUUCAAAAGAGAAUGUGCAGACACCUGGUCACUCGUUGGCCUCCCGGACCUUGCGAUCCAAUACCCUGGCUGCGAACCAACGCAGUGUGGGCCGUGGCCUGCAAAAGCUUCGCUCCUCUGUCCGAUCGAAUAGCACGCAUAUACCGGCUCGACGUGUGCAAAAAUACCAGGAUGACGAAGAAGUUCUUAUGGAUCAGCCUUAUACCGAUGACAAAGGCAUGACAGCAUCUACCUCAACAGCUGAGCCCGUGGAAAGAGUGACACCUUCACUCUCACCUAUCGGUGAAAAAACCACACCUACACCCUCUCAUACAUCCACGAUACCCGCACGACCACCCUUGGUCGAUGUACAAAACCAACUCCCUGCAUCGCAGGCAGCUCACUCAGAGAAAGGCGAGAUACCCAAUCCACCUGCGCCCUCCAUGGAUCGCGCAUUGGACUUUCUUCAGCUGAUGUGGGAGGAAGCAGCCCGACAACAUGCGUCAGGCUUCACGCCUUCGAACCCACAUCAGCAAAAGUCUAUGGCGAAAGAGACGACCUUCCGUGGCUGCCGAUUUUACAAGGUUUGUCGCGCUGGCGAAGGUGGGUUCUCUACCGUAUGGCAAGUGAAAGGCCCAGCUGCGAUCCCGGCCGCCAUCCAAGAGGGCGACUCGGAAGCCGUGCGUAUGGAGCCUGUCGACGACGAGCAUCAGGGCUAUUUUGCGAUGAAGCAAGUCUCCCUACGUCGCCUCGAGCCUGAAUCGCGUGAUGAGCUGGUUCAAGAAGCACAGCUAUUGGAGCAGCUUGCUCAAGUACCAGGGAACGAAAAGUACAUCUUGCGGUACUUUGGUCACCGCUUGAACCGCGACACGUUGAAAAUUCUGUUGGAACUAGGAGAUAUGGACUUUAGCCAUCUUCUCAAGGUGAAGGCGCCUCUUUCCUUCUCGGAUAUUCGCACGUACUGGCGCCAGAUGCUGGAGGCCGUGCACUUUAUCCAUGAGAAAGGCAACUUGGUGCACACGGACUUGAAGCCAGCCAACUUCCUUAUGGCGAAAGGACGCUUGAAGUUGAUCGAUUUCGGUAUUGCUCAGAAAAUUCCUUUGGGCACGAUCCAUAUCUCGCGUGAGGCCAUUGUCGGCACACCGAAUUACAUGGCGCCAGAAGCGAUCAAGAUUGCGAGAAAACAUGGCCGACGUGUGUACAAAGCGGGGAAAGCUAGUGAUGUAUGGUCGUUGGGAUGUAUUUUGUACCAGAUGGUGUACGGACGCCCUCCUUUCGAUCGUCUUAGUGGAGAGAAAAAGCUCGAGGCCAUUAUGGACCCAACACACCGCAUUGCGUUCCCACUCCAUCGUGUGCUGGACGACCCAUCGUCGGAACGGGUAGACGAUGACCUUAUCGUGACACUGAAGUCUACGCUGCAAUAUGAGGCGGACCAACGUGCAACGAUUCCCGAACUGCUCCAGGAUCCAUCGGAUACAGCGAGACUGCAGGAGACAGUCACGAUUUCGCGGCAGACACUUCGGGCGUUGGUGUCACGUCUUCAACAGCAUGCCAUGCAAGGCGAGCUGACCGAGGCCAAUGCUAUUCAUCGUGCAGAUGUAAGUACGACCGUAUGA